CCGCACCUUCAAGAUUUCUUAGUCACCCAAACUGCCCACCUCACCUCCAACCUCUACCCUGUAUCAGAAACGAUCUACUAAACACACCUACUAUUUCAACCAGAACCAUGUCAAGGGCAUUGGAUAAUGAUGUUAAGAAAUUAUUAAUGAAAGAUGAUCAUGGCAAGAUUUUUUCUAGAAUAUCAGAAGCUCUGGCACAGCAAUGCGGCCAGGUACUAGAAAUAGAACUCUUGGGUCGAAGCCAUCCCCUCUCGGAUAACAAUUACUUUAUACAGGAUGAGAAUGCAAUUGCAAUUCCCAAGCUUCGCUUAGUACAGGCAUUUGUAUACGCUCUACAACGAUUAAAACGACAUCAACAACAGCCAGAGGCGGCAUCACCAGAUGAGAUUCUUCGGACUACAGGCGUCAUGCUCCUCAUGGACCCGGAGCAUUUGACAGCAGCCAACGCAAGAAAAAGGAUAAUAUUGCAAGACACAGAUUCUGGACGACAAAGACUUUUAUCCCAAGACAAAUAUUACCUAGACAGCCUAUUGACGAGCCGUCUGCAUCGCCAUACAAAAUCACCAACGCUCUGGAGCCAUCGGGAAUGGCUGAUUAACCAAUGCGAAACAGAUGGUGUUGAGGUCGACUUCAAACAAGACUUUAUAAACGUGGUGCUGGUGUCAGCAGAGAGACAUCCACGGAACUAUUAUGCAUGGAGUCAUGCGAGGUUUAUGGCCAAGAAGCUCGGAAGCAGUGCCGUACAAGACUUGAUCAGUCUCACCAACCAGUGGUGUUUCAAACACCACGAUGAUAUUUCAGGGUGGGCUUUUCUCAGCGUCUUAUUGCAAGGCCGUCCUGAAGAGACAGACGCCGUUCUACAGCAGACGCUUCAGUUUGUCUCAUCGUUUCAGUGGCGCAACGAAUCUGUCUGGCACUUCCUGAAAUGUGUUAGACCAAGCGAGGCGGCCAAAGAAACUAGUGAAUAUCGGCAAAAGCUUCAUGCUAUUAAGCAAAAGCUAAUGGAUGAUGAGGAUGAAAGCAUACAAGAAAAAUCAUUUACCAAUAUUGUGCUUGAUCGUACAGAGUCCUGGAUGGACGAUUACUGGCAGGCCCGGUAAACAUUAGAUAUCAAAAUAAACAAGCUUAUUUUCACAACAGUACCGAACCAUAGCAUAAUAGAGCAGGAAAGGCUGAGACGCAAUAAGACAGAAGCCAGCGUGACAUGCAGGAAAAUUGUCACUGUAGAUCUGUUUUUGAUUCAGGCCUAAUAUCAUCUCCGAAUGCCAUAUCCGGGGUUGUGGUGGGAUGUAAACAAAACACAAGCGCAAGAAACUCCCGAUGGAGACACUGGUUAUCGGCAGAUGGCCGAUAAGAACAACAAUCACUUUACAGGUUAUCGGAAAAUAUUGGCUAUUGCAUAGAUCAAGGCUCCGAUUGUGUCUCAGAAGGGGCAUUCCUGCGUGUGUGGGCGGGAAGAGUAGGGGAGGCGGCGAAAGUGCGAUUUUGCAUUCCAUCCGAAAAUUGACCACCGCAGAGCCUAGACGGCUAUCCAAGGCAGCUAGCUAGUUAUUCGCUUGGCGCUUUGUAUUGUUCUUGACAAGGGACGGCUGGAGAAUGCUAAUCCCGCUUGAAAACAAGUGUUUUGGCGCAACGAGGGUCAACCCAGCCAGCCGCUCAUGGGGAUAGCGCUGCCUAAGCAUGGACCACGACAGGCAUACCCUUUCCCAGCAGAAGGAUCGAUGAUCACGGGUGGCAGUGCAAUUCGAGCUUGAUUUACCCAUGUAUUGGUUGAUGAGGAUAGUCGGGUUGAAGACAUGGAUGCAACGAAACAAGCUAUCUGUUAGUCCAUAGAUCGGAUAGCAAGUGCGCUUUGAGAUUUGUUGUUGGUUUGCAAUACCAAUAGAGCAAGCUCGAAAGGGGUAAAAUUGCCUUAUACAUCCGUCCCGUUGUUAGUCUGAAACAACUGCCUUGUGAGAUUACCUAUUGGGUAGAGUUACCCUAGGCAGUUGUAAACACUUCUGCAAUAGCUUGAGCCCGUCCUUAUUGCCAAAUUUUGAAGUCUGGCAAAUAGAAACUACCAAUUGGGCUCGCUUCGAUGUGGCAGCGUUUUGUUACACCCAAUUCUGGUUCCGUUAACGAGCUGCUUGACAGGGACCCCGGACCAAGUAAGCUUGGAAACAAUCUCACUAUCUUUUUGCUAGUCUCCACUAGCCGACAUGGGGCUAAAAAGGAGACCAUGGCUGCUGGCGCUGCGCUGGCGAUGCUGCCAAUCAGACGAGGAUAGUGUCAAGGUCAGGCCAUGGAGAACCUUGGCUCUGGCCAUUAUUCCCAGCACAUGAGGAAAAAUUCCCAGCCAAAUUGUGUUUUUUGCUUUCCAAGCUUGCAAUAUUAACAGAUAUUUUACUUCGAAUUUCUUUUGCGUCCUUUGCAGUUAGGAAAACCUUGGCGGACACAGACGUGUCAUAUCCUUGCCCGGCGUAAUUUCCCAGCUCCCUGCUCGUCCGCCAUGUUCCAACUCCAACUUGCAAGCUGUUUUGGGCGACGGUUCACGUCCGUCGGAAGCAUGUCUCAAGCGAGCACGUUGCUCAUACGUCGUUGGAAAAUAAAGAAUAAAAAGUUUUGUUCCACAGCGUCAUGCGGCUGCUGCAGUCCAAGCUCCGCAGACGAACAACAUUGAUGUUGGAAAAUCUCCGCGAGAAAUGCAAAGAGUCUCAGAUGCACCAAACUUGGGUAGAUGCCGCUAUUGCAGUAGAUUGUGAGCAGCGCCAAUACUCUAGUAACCACAGCCAGAACGGCUGCUGCCCCGGACAGCUUGUGUUGUUGAUCAACAGGGGAGCGGCAUAUCCAACAACACUCAGCACAGCGCGGCAAAUGCUGGUACUGCAAAAGCCAGCAACAAGCGUCUGAGCUUGGAUCGUCUAAUCCAGCGUAGAUCGGGUUUCAUAAAAAAGACCGCAAAACAUUGGCACCGACCAGCCGUGGGUCUUCCCGGAGCCCAGUCCACAUUAGGAGGCCAGCCACGGACUCUCUGGGACAGUUAGCCAAAGGUGAAAAAAAAAGAGGAGCAAACGGCCAAGGGUUCACCCCAGGGGCUAGGCCACAAGCUGGAUGGGCCGAAUCUCAGGCCUUUCGUCAUUGCGGACCUGACAUCCCGGUCCUGUAGCAUGGGGGUUUGGGUGCUUCUGGCCAACUUUCCCCAUGUUGGCGAGCAUCGAGGAUCGAGUUAAUUUCUUCAAGCUUGCAAUCUAGCAAGAAAUUAGCUGCAUCCUGAUCGUCCAGCACGUUUAUCGGGACCUUGACCACAUUUUGAACGGACGCUCUCCGCUUUGUCCAGGAACAAUGGCCCCUAGCGACAUGGCACGCGGACAAAGACAGCGUAGGCAAGCAGCGAGCCAAAAAAAAAGGAAAACGGUUCAGUUCAGUCUAGACCUGACUGGCCCAGGCCGUGUCGUCCAGCAAAUCGACACACUAGCGCUGCAAGUAAGCUCCAGUGGCCGAGAGCGCCACGGGGCCACUUUCACGAGCGAGCAGCUCGCGCCAUGUCUUGGACUGUCGCGGGGCAAUGAGGUUGGCGCUGGCAUUCACUAUGUGCAGUAUUGAAGGGCAGUUACAAGGCAUAUGCAAAUAUAUGGCAAUGGCGGGAGGGGGAUGAUCUGCAGCAGGAGAAAAAAGGAGGAGAGAAUGGGGAAGAACAGGAGGAGGAUUAUAGGUUUUUC